AUGAGUCAGGUAUUUGAAGGAUAUGAGCGUCAAUACUGCGAGUUUUCGGCAAAUUUGUCAAAAAAAUGUGCAUCCGCCAGUCUCCUUGAGGGAGAGCAGAAGAAACAAAAAGUGUCUGAUAUUAAAGCUGGAUUGGAUGAUGCUGAGACUCUGAUUCGUAAGAUGGACCUUGAAGCUAGGAGUUUACCACCGAAUGCAAAGGCUAUGCUUCUUGCCAAGUUACGAGAAUAUAAGACUGAUCUGAAUAAUUUGAAAAGCGAAGUCAAAAGAAUCACAUUGGCUGGUGCUAAUCAAGCUGCUCGAGAUGAUUUAUUGGAAUCAGGAAUGGCAGAUACAAUGAUGGUGUCUGCUGAUCAAAGAGGAAGAUUAUUGAUGUCAACUGAGAGAUUAAAUCAGUCCAGUGACAGAAUCAAGAAAGCAGAAGAACAAUGCUGGAAACAGAAGACCUUGGUGUCUCAAUUCUUCAAGACUUACAUCAACAGCGUCAGUCUCUCCUGCAUGCCACACAAUACG